GCGUGAGUCCCCACUGACUCGCGCAAAGCCAUCUUGGCAUUGUUCUGCCCGCGCCGCCGCCCGCGCCGCCACAGCCCCGCCACAGCCCCGCGCGCCCCCGCCAUGUCCGACGCGGCCGUGGACACCAGCGCCGAGAUCUCCGCCAAGGAUCUAAAAGAGAAGAAGGAAGUUGUUGAAGAAACAGAAAAUGGCAGAGAUGCACCGGCCAACGGCAAUGCUGAGAACGAGGAAAAUGGAGAGCAGGAGGCUGACAACGAAGUAGAUGAAGAGGAAGAAGAAGGUGGUGAGGAAGAGGACGAGGAAGAAGAGGGUGAUGGUGAGGAAGAGGAUGGUGAUGAAGAUGAUGAAGCUGAGGGAGCCACAGGCAAACGGGCAGCUGAGGAUGAUGAGGAUGACGACGUUGAUCCCAAGAAGCAGAAAACCGAUGAAGAUGACUAGGCAGCAAAUUUAUUAUUUUUUUUUUUAAAUAAGGAGGAAAACAAACCAACAAAAAAAGGCCAGCGCAUCCUCUUUACCCCUGGGACCCCCUUCCCUCCCGUUACAGCCCUUUUUACCCUCCCCGACACACACACAGCCCUUCCUCCCCCCUCUGCCAUGGUCAUCCUCACCAAGUAGAGUGAACCCCAGCCCCCCGGCGCGGCGCUGCCACUCAAUGACCAUAAGAAAUGAUUCGCCUGUUAGCGGGGAGAGAACCCCCCUUUCCCAUAGACCCUCCCCCCAAGCACCAAAACUUCAAGGCCCUGCUUUCUUUCUUAAAAGUACUUUAAAGGAGAAUUUGUUUGUAUUUUUUAUUUACAUUUUAUAUUUUUGUACAUAUUGUUAGGAGGUCCGCCAUUUUUAAGUGAUCUCGGAUUGACCAAAAGGGGGGCUUUGAAGUGUAUAUCUCUCUUGUUACCUAUCUCUGACUUUACUUGUGGUGUGACCAGGCCCAAACCAUUAUCUCAAAGGAGAAUAAAACAAAACCUUGUAAAAAAAAUUAAAAAAGAGACAAAAAUGCAAAAAAAAAAAAAGAAUUUACAAUCUUAUCUGAGCAUUCCAGUAACUUUUUUUGUGUAUUGUACUUUAGCUGUACCAUAGAUCGUGGUUUGUAUGAGGUGGCAAGGCCAAAGAUAAAAAGUUUUUUGUUUUGGUUUUUUUUGGGGGGGGUGUUAUUUUUUUUUCUGUCUAUGAAGUUGCUGUUUUUUUGUUUGUUUUGGUUUUUUAUUUUUAUUUUUUUGGCCUGUUUGAUGUAUGUGUGAAACAAUGUUGUCCAACAAUAAACCGGAAUUUUAUUUUGCCGAGUUGUCCUAACAA